AUGCAUGUCUCGAAUACCACUAUAAAUGUGUUCGUGGGAUGUUGCGCCAGCGCUUUUCUUAUGGAAAUUCUUAUGGCAAAUUGGCCGAACAGUGCGAAUUUAGUAACUUAUUUACAAUUUUUCUUUAUAUCCCUGCAAGGAUUUAUAGUCACUACAAAAUGGGGAACGGUAGGUCCAAAGAUACCAAUUAGCCAGUAUGUGUUACUAGUCACUCUUUUCUUCGUGACUACUGUGGCUAAUAACUAUGUAUAUGCCCUGCAUGUGCCUUCCACACUGCAUAUGAUUAUAAGGUCAGCAUCAUCACCCGCUAGCAUGCUAGUCUACUGCUGUGUUAAAAAACAACUACCAAAGCUAAACAAUGCCAUUGGUUCUAUACUAAUCAGUGCUGGAGUGGCUCUGGCCAUGUAUGGUGGAGCUCCUACAGAUGAGGAGAACAAAGGCACCUUUCUUUAUUGGUGUAUAGGAGUCACCAUACUCUUGGUGACAUUGAUAACUGGUGCUUUUACUGGCUUGCAACAAGAAAGACUGUAUUCCAGAUAUGGAAAACAUCCUAAUGAGAUGCUGUUUUAUACACAUGCAAUUCCAUUACCCGUAUUUUUCGGACUCUCACCUCAAUUGCUGAGUACUGCAGCAAUCCUGCCAUUCGCCGCAUGGGUACUGAUAGCUCUCAAUAUACUUUCUCAGUUCUAUUGUACACAUUCAGUGCACGAACUAGCUACCAAAGAAACUUCAGUUACAGUAACAUUUAUACUAACUCUAAGAAAGUUCGCUUCUUUAUUGAUCUCUACAAUUGUGUUCAAAAAUAAUUUGAACAUUUAUCAUGUUAUAGGAACUAUGUUAGUUGCUAUUGGGACUUGUGUAUAUUUCAACUUCUUCUCCGCUAGACGGCAAAGACCGGUAAGUAUGAAGACCAAGUAA